GUAAGAGACCGAGAGUUCUUCGUCCCUGCUAGCUAUCCCUCACGAUUCGAUAGCAAAGCUGGUCUCCUCCGCCCAGAACCCUAGGAAUCACCAACCACAUAGCGGUAAGCCAUGGAGAAGCGCGAGGACAAUUAUACACAAGACGGAACAACUGAUCUCCAUGGGAACCCUGCUCUCAAAAGGAAUACCGGAAGAUGGAGGGCUUGUCCGUACAUUCUUGCGAAUGAAUGCUGUGAAAGAUUGGCAUACUACGGGAUGAGCACAAAUCUCGUGAACUACAUGAAGGAGUACCUCAAUCAAGGGAAUACUGGAGCAGCCAACAAUGUUACUAACUGGUCAGGUACAUGUUAUAUUACUCCCCUCCUUGGGGCUUUCGUUGCUGACGCCUACUUUGGACGAUACAAGACGAUUGCCAGUUUCAUGAUGGUCUAUAUCAUUGGGUUGACUCUUUUGACCAUGACAUCGUCUGUUAAAGGGCUGAAACCAACAUGCCACGAUGGAGUCUGUCACCCAACAUCAGCACAGAGCGCAGUUGUCUUCGUAGCGCUCUAUCUCAUUGCGCUUGGCACUGGAGGAAUCAAGCCUUGUGUCUCUUCUUUUGGUGCUGACCAGUUUGAUGAGUCCGAUGAAUCUGAGAGUAAAAGCAAGAGCUCUUUUUUCAACUGGUUCUACUUCUCGAUCAACAUUGGAGCUCUUAUUGCUUCCUCUGUGCUGGUGUGGAUACAAACUAAUGUGGGAUGGGGUUGGGGGUUUGGGAUCCCUGCAGUUGUCAUGGCUGUUGCGGUCGUGAGCUUCUUCGUAGGAACUCCAUUGUAUAGGCAUCAGAAGCCUGGAGGCAGUCCCCUUACCCGGAUUGCUCAGGUUCUUGUGGCGUCAUUCAGGAAAUAUGGGGUAAGGGUGCCAGCUGACAAAUCUCAGUUAUAUGAGGUUUCUGACAAGGAAUCUGCGAUAGAAGGUAGCCGGAAGCUCGAACAUACGGAUGAUCUAAAGUUCUUUGACAAGGCUGCUGUGGAGACACACAACGACCAGAUCAAGGAUCAACCAAGUCCAUGGAGCCUCUGCACAGUGACCCAAGUUGAGGAACUCAAGAGCGUUGUACGUCUCCUCCCAAUAUGGGCCAGUGGCAUAAUCUUCUCCACUGUCUAUGGCCAGAUGAGCACCAUGUUUGUCCUUCAGGGCGACACCCUGGAUCCCCACAUGGGCCCCCACUUCAGUAUCCCUGCAGCAUCCCUCUCCAUCUUUGACACCAUAAGUGUCAUCGUCUGGGUCCCAAUCUAUGACCGCCUUAUUGUUCCUAUGGCCCGCAAGUUCACAGGUCAGGAGCGUGGUUUUACCCAGCUAACUCGAAUGGGCAUCGGCCUUGUCAUCUCAAUGUUCGCCAUGUUAGCAGCUGGAGUACUGGAGCUUGUUAGGCUCAGGAUUAUUGCGAGGGACAACUUAUACGACACUAAAGACUACUUACCCAUGUCUAUAUUCUGGCAAGUUCCCCAGUACUUCAUUGUGGGGGCUGCUGAGGUUUUUACCUUCAUUGGACAGUUGGAGUUCUUCUAUGAUCAGGCACCAGAUGCGAUGAGGAGCAUGUGCUCAGCCCUUUCUCUGACUACAGUCGCACUUGGAAACUACCUUAGCAGUCUGCUCGUAACUAUUGUCACCAACAUGACUACCAAGAAUGGAAAUCUUGGGUGGAUUCCUGACAAUCUGAACAGAGGUCAUCUUGAUUAUUUCUACUGGCUACUUGCAAUACUCAGCUUCAUAAAUUUUCUAGUGUACCUCCUGAUCGCGAAGUGGUACACAUAUAAGAAGACAACAUAGGUUACUGGUUGAUGACGGCUCUUAUCUGAGGAACAGUUGCCGAUACCAAAGCGUGGUGAUCAGAGACUUUUAACUGUUUCCUACAUUUAGUCCCAUUGGUUUGAUCUCUUGGAUCCUAUUUUCAAUCUCUCUUUCUGAAUUAAAUGUGUAAAUAUCUUAUUCCUCCAGCAGUUUGCAACUUUUGUCGAUGGUUUUUUUUUUGCGCGCAGGCGCUUAGAUU